AUGACGUCUUUCUUCAGAUUUACGAGAGGCACCCGGAUUGGGAUUGGGGCUCUUGUCUCAUAUACCUCUUUCGAAUCUUAUAUGUAUAUCAAAACUGCUCAUCUUAUACAAGAAAGAAAAGAUGCCAUAGAUUCAUCAAAGUCAGAUGAAAAUGAUGGUCGCUUGAGGUUUCAGUCGGCUACGAUAAAUGGUAUAUAUGUUAACCCUUUUGAAGAAUACCGACCACAAACUGCUUUCGAGUUUGUUUACGUUCGAAUCCUUGAAGUUCUUGAAAGCAUUUACGGCAACAAGGUUGAGAUGCAUGACCCCCACGUCACAUCCACUGGAGAAAUCGCUGAAGUAGAACAGUUUUUGCAAACUUUUAAGCCAAACUACGAGCUCCUAAGAUACAAUUCAAAAAUUUUGGAAAAUUGCUUACAUUCUGGUUCUUACGAAGCUUUGCUGAACACAGAAAGUAAAAGUGUCCCUAUCAAUCAGCAAUUGUUGUUUACAUGGUUGGGCCAAUCAUGUUCCCUUUUACAGAUUAGCGGAAUAAACAUUCUAACAGACCCCAUAUUUAGUGACUAUCUUUUCGCAAAUAAUGUUGGCCCUAAACGUCUUGUCAACUCGCCGAUGUCACUUGAAGAUGUCAACUAUGCUACCAACGAUAAUUUGAACCUCGUUUUGGUUUCUCAUAAUCACCCUGAUCAUCUUGAAAUGUCUUCUGCUCAAAAGAUCGGAAACUCGGCUCUUUGGGUAGUCCCAUUGGGCCUCAAACUGGUCUUACAAAGAAAAGGUAUAGAUAAUGUUAUCGAGAUGGAUUGGUGGGACGUUCUACCGCUCAAUGAUCAUCUUUUCGGGGAGCGCGGUUCUGACUUUCCCGAUAAUUAUGAGCUCGUCUUCCUACCAGCGAUGCACUGGUCCGGAAGAUAUGUGGUAGAUGCAAACACAUCUUUGUGGGGAUCGUUUAUGAUCCGAAAGAAUGGGACAUCCCUUGUGUAUCACGCAGGUGAUACAGGCUUCUCAAAGGAACUUUUUGAUAAAAUUGGUCAGAAUUAUGGGCCUGUGACCUUAUCUUUAUUGCCAAUUGGACAGUAUUGUCCUUCGUGGCAUCAGAAACCGAGGCACGUGUCGCCAGAAGAAUGCUUCAAAAUUGCUUCACAAAUCAAAACUUCCAAUGUUAUGGGAGUUCAUUUCGGAACUUUCAAAUUAAGUUCUGAACCCAUAUUGGAACCAAAAGAACUAUUUAUGAAGCUUGCCGAGCUGCGCAAUAAAACUCCGUCGUACAGUGUUCCUGAGUUCGGGUUCACGUACGAGUACGAUAUCAAUCGGUCAGGACAAGUCGCCGAAAACACAUCUCUAGAGUGA